GAAUACAUUAGAUUACACCAACAAAACUACAAAACACACACAAAAAAGCUCUUUUGGUUUCCAAAAGGUUUCAACUUUUACAGUUAAGUGUAAAUAGAAAAUUCCCAAUGAGCAGAUAAGCAGUUCUGAUUUUGAAGCUUAAACUCCUCCCAGUCAUUAUUCUUCACUCAGCAUAUCUUGCCCUCUAUUUUAAAUCACCAAUGACACAUGCGCCAGGUCAAAAAUAGUCAGCCCUUCAGAACUAGAAACUACCAGUAUGGCACAUGUGUCUGUCUGUUAAAAAGACCAUGUGUUCUACAAGGACUAUUCCCUGAGAUGAGCCAACGUUGAGGAUAAUGCAAACAUUCUGGUUUCUAAUUCAUGAGUGAGUGACUGCUUUCUUCCUUUGAAUUUUUUUUUAAAGGCUACUAAAACAAUCAAGCUUGACUAAUUUCAAAGUCACUGCUCUUUCUUUAUUCACUUUAUGAAAUCGUGAAAAAUGGCAACAGUUUUGGGUCAGUUUAUGGAGUUUCACUCAGUUCAUGGUACAAAUGUGAGGCUGGACCCCUCAAAAACGCAGGCCACCCGAGUAGAAAGUUUUGCAAAUGGUGUCUGCUUCAGUAAAGAUCCUUUAAGCCCUGGAGAAAUCUUCCUAGUGGAGAUUGAAGAGAAAGAACUGGGCUGGUGUGGUCAUUUAAGGAUUGGACUUACUGCCCAUGAUCCUCGGACACUGGAAUCUGUGCCAGAAUACUCUCUGCCCGAUCUUGUGGAAAUGGGGGACAGCUGGGUGUUUGCAAUAACAAGAAACCACAAUAAAGUCAUUGAGGAUGGAGAAAGAGAGGUGGCAGAUGGAGAACAGCCAAAUGUGGAUGUUGAGGCUGGAAACAAACCUAAAAUAUUUUUCACAGACACUCAUCUGUAUAUAGAAAAUUUCUGCAUACCAAGAGACAAGCUGGUGGGACGCAGUCGACCCGGGAGGUACAGUCACAUCCUGGAUGAUCUGUAUAAAACCAACGCUCUACCCCCCACUGCUCGCCGCAGUCGUAUAGGGGUUGUCUAUGUACCUAAGGGAGAAGGCUAUGCCGACAUGCACAUUAUCAUCAAUGGAGAAGACAUGGGAGCCUCAGCCAAGAGGAUCCCCACCAAUAAGCCCUUGUAUGCCGUUGUGGAUGUAUUUGCAGCUACUAAAUGUGUCCAGAUUGUCCAGGUGGAAUAUGGCUUUGCUUCAUUGCAGACACUCUGCCGAAAGACAAUUCAGAAACACAUCAUUCAUAGAAUGGCUUUGGACUGGUUGGAACUUCCAGAGUUACUUAAGCACUAUUGCAAAUAUGAGUGAGCAAAACCUGUUACAAAUCUGGGCAGAUGCCUGCAAAGCAUGGCUGGGUCGAAGGGGUGGCUAGGGGAGGCAUUGCCCCCCUAGAUUGUCCUUGCAACGCCCCCUGGACGAACACUGAAACACGAUCAAGGGUGACCAAUCCAAGCAAAAUUAUCAAGGAGGAGCACCCACCCCCCACUUCCAUCCAACAAAGAUAUAAACAGUUGCCAACCCUAAAGAUCAAAAUGUCCCCCAAAGAUCACAUCCUAGUACCGCUCCUGCUACAAAGACUGAGAAUCAUUGGAAUUUUUGUUUUGUUUUUUAAAAAGAAAACCUCCAAAAACCUGAAAGUCUCUUACCGACAAGACAUUCUUCAUCUGAUCAAUUUAAUAAAUAUUUUCUUCAAGCUCAA